UGCUGUAAUCCGGAGAAAUGCAAGUUAGCCUCUUUGUAACUUAUGUAAUGAUAUGGGGCGUUACCCUCAUUCAAUAAGUAGUUAACAUAACCGAAACCUUUUGUCCUUCCCAUCUCCAAAAAAUGGCUUUUCCCCUCCUAACAUCCAAUUCACUCCAACCUCCUCUAUCCAAAGACCCCAGCCAUUGGAACUCCUUUCUAAAGCAACAAGCCAAGCUCAAAAACGACCACUCCAUCCUCGAAACAUACGCAUGGAUAGAAUCUCUAGCCAUCCCCCUUGCUGGCAUUAAGCCCGCGCUGCCGCUCGUCCUCAAGGCUUGCGUGCGGCUGCAGCACGUCGAUAUCGGAAAGAAGAUCCACUCUGACAUCAGCCGUUGCGACCAGCUCGCCGGCGACGUCCGGAUCGCGACGGCGCUCGUCGAUUUCUACUGCAAAUGCGGGUUUCUCGACGAUGCGCGCGUGGUGUUUGAUGAAAUGUCUAAAAGAGAUUUGGUGUCUUGGAACGCCAUGAUUUGUGGUUGCGUGGGGAAUUGCGUGUAUGAGGACGCUGUUAAGCUUUUUUAUAGAAUGACAGAGGAGUUGGAGCCGAAUUCUGUAACAUUGGUGGGUCUCUUUACGGCUUGUGGUGAGUUGUCGGAGUAUAGAUUGGGGCAAGAGAUACAUUGCUAUUGUUUGAGACAUGGGUUUCUGGAGUCGCAACCUCAUAUUGGAACUUCCUUGAUCGGGUUCUAUUCGAGGUUUGGUUUGAAAUACGCACGUGAUGUCUUUGAUUCGAUGACGAUGAGGAGCACUGCAUGCUGGAACGCGAUCAUGUGCGAGCUUCUCAAAACUGGAGAUGUUUCUGAAGCUUUGGAUAUCUUUUCCCAUAUGUUGGAGGAACUCGUUGCUCCUGAUUCUGUGACACUGAUCGCCGUUUUACAGUCGUGUGCAGAAUCGGAAAAUUCAGUACUUGGGAAACAAGUUCACCAAUUGGCUAUCAAAAUGGGGUAUGCAUCCGAUGAGUUUGUCGGAAAUGCAUUGAUUGAUUUGUACGGUAAGUGUGGUGAUCCAAGAGCAUCGUUUAUUGUCUUCGAGAAAAUGCUCACAAAGGAUCUUGCAUCUUGGAAUGCUAUGAUAUCUGCAUAUAAAAACUGCAAGUUGUAUGACAGGGCACUUGAUUUGUUUUGGAGAAUGAAGGUGGAAGAUGUCGACGAAAACACGAUCACUAUUGCCGCAACAUCAUAUGUUUGUGCCCAAUCGGGUGACUUUGACAAAGGUAAGCAAUUACAUGCCUACGCCAUUAAAACCAGGAAAACAAAUGAUGUCGCUCUCGACAAUGCGUUGCUAAGCAUGUAUGUAGAGUUUGAUUGCAUGGUAUCUUCUCGUAAGAUAUUUCACAAAAUGGAUAAAUCAGACGUAGUAUCAUGGAACACAAUUAUUGCGGGAUUACUCGGAAAGAAAAUGACUCAUGAAGCUUGUGACCUCUUUAAACAAAUGGUACAAAGUAGAACUCAACCUAACUCGCAUACGAUGGUCUCUCUUCUCGGUGGAUGCAACGACACAAUAUUGUUCAAUGUUGGCAAGUCAAUUCACGCUUACAUAGUAAGACAUAAUCUCGAUAUCAACUCAGCAUUGCGUACCGCACUUAGUGAAAUGUACAUGGACUGUGGAGAUGAAUCCGCUGCUCUAUAUAUAUUUUGGAGCUCUUGUAGAGAUCUGAUCUCGUGGAAUUCUAUGAUGGCGUGUUAUAUUCGUAACGGAAAGCCAAAAGAAGCUCUUUCACUUUUCUACUUAAUGCGGUCGGAAAGCAAACCGAAUUCGGCUUCACUUAUCAAUGCUCUUUCUUCAUGUGCACAUAUGGCACAUCUAAUGCAAGGCAAAUGUUUGCAUGGAUAUAUCGUUCGAAGGGAGCUUGGUUUCUCGUCAGAUAUCCAACUUGGAAAUGCUCUUCUGACUAUGUAUGCGAAAUGUGGAAGUUUAAGCAAUGCCGAAAACAUAUUCCGAAACCUUGCUGCGAAAGAUAUUAUAUCUUGGAAUGCUAUGAUUGCUGCAUAUGGAAUGCAUGGCCGUGGAGAUAAUGCACUUUGCGUGUUUAAUGAAAUGCUUGAAUGUGGUAUGCGGCCUACUGGCGUGACAUUUGUUUCCGCAUUAUUCGCUUGUAGUCACUCUGGGUUGGUCGAAAAAGGAGUUCAGCUCUUCGAAUCAAUGAACAGUGAUUAUAAUAUAAAACCUGAAACUAUUCAUUAUGCGUGCUUUGUGGAUCUCCUUGCACGUUCCGGCAAUAUCGACAAGGCUAUUGAUUUGGUAAAUUCUCUACCUGUAAAUCCGGAUUCUAGUAUAUGGAGAGCUCUUUUAAGUUCUUGUAAAGUUUUGUCCGAUAUUGAGCUGGCGAGAGCAGUUACUGAAAAGCUUAUCGAGCUAGAACCUCAAAAUAUUGGAAACUACAUCCUCCCAUCCAACAUUUAUGCUGCAGUAGGAAGUUGGGAAGAUGUUCAGGAGUUAAGGGCGCGGAUUGAGGAACUGGGAUUGAAGAAAGAUCCCGGAAAUAGUUGGCUGUUUAUUAGAGAUGAGUUGCAAUCUUUUACUGCAGGGAACAAAUCAGGUCCUGCAUCUGAUCAAGCAUAAACAUAUUUGAACUGAUAUUCGAUGUAUAAGGGGAAAUUCUUCUUAUUUGUUGUGCAAGUUUGGAACUGUACAGAUUGACGGAAAAUACGCACAUUUCUUAACAUCGUUCUUCCCCGCCAAAAAUUCAAGAAGGAAAAAUGUACAGAGACCUCUUGAACUUUAGCUCUCCUAGUUGAUUUCCUCUCUUACGCAAAAUUGUCCAUCAAUUCAGCAUUUUCUAAUGUUAUUUUCACUUGAUAAGAUAUCAAUAG